AUGGAGUGUUUUCGUCAAAUAUUCCGGUGCAUCAAGUCACCAUUCACACGCACCAAGCAACCGGUGCUUGAAAUUGGACCCCCCACCAACUUCCGCAAGGAAGAGCUGCCUGCAUGCUUCUCCGAUGCCGAGUCAGUCCUCUCGCCCAGCCAAAUACCACCUGAACGGCCGAAUCUGACCAACCAAUCACAGCACGCUGACGUCCCAGAACAGCCAGGGAGCGACCCUGGAGAAGAACGAAGCGACAGUCGAGACAGUCGUUCGCCAGCCAUCGAUGAAGGAGAAUAUCCAAAGUCAGAUCCGACGAGUGAGCGCCGGAUCGGGCCAUCCCGUCUCCCAGGCCGUUUAAACCCGUCUCGAUGGUUCAAAUCCACCCCAGAUACUUGCCAUGACAUGUCGGGCGCGGAAAGCAGCUGA